AUGAUGUUGAUGCAAGGCUUUGGGGGACGAUAUUUGAAAGCCUUUUUGAAAGGGUUCUUUGUUGCUAUGCCUGUAACAGUAACUUUUCUGGAUCGAGUUGCCUGUAUUGCAAGAGUGGAAGGUGCUUCAAUGCAGCCUUCAUUGAAUCCUGGAUGGAGUGAGACAUUUGAUGUCGUGCUUUUGAACCACUGGAAAGUUAGGAAUUAUGAGGUGAAUCGUGGUGAUAUUGUGUCAUUGGUGUAA